AUGAGGCUUUUUCCAGAAGAGGUGUUUAAGAAAGAGCCAGAUCACCUUAUUUGGACAGACGCUGGUGAUUACCUUUUCUUUGCAGAUCCCGCCAAGCUUCUGCAGGAGCACUUGCGCGUGGUAGGCAGCUCCAAAGCUGUCGCAACUUAUCCCUGGGAGAAUGUCUAUCCUUUGCAGAUCUUCGCGUUGCAGCAGAUGCGUGAGGUGCAGUGGUCUGCAACAGCGGAGGCGCUGGUACGCCGGCUGCUGCCUCUGGAUUUCACCCAUUUGUGCUACCGUGGCGAGGGCACAUCCAUGGAAGAGAUGACCAAGCAUUACCAGGACCUUUUUGCCCCGAUUUCCGCAGAGUGGGCACACGAGCCUUGGCUACCCAACUUCCAUCAAUCACUGGUGAGUAAGGAGCGAAAAGGAGGCUACUUGCACACCCCUUCCGUGUGGGAAGAUCGGGAGCACCCGGGCCUUCUCGAUCCCACUCAGGCGUCCGUCUUUUGCCCAACGACUGCUGAUCUAUUCAUACACUUUUUUGCGAUCUGGCUCCAUCCUCCAGUUUUCACCUUUGAGAUUGCUCAGCUCUUGGUGAUGAGCGGCGACUUAAUUGCAGAGCAGGAGCGGAUGCUCCGCCUCUAUCGAUGCGGAGCUCCUGUGAAAGGCAUGCAUCUGAUCCGGAACUUCCACGACUGGGUGCCCUGGAGCCUCCGACUUCUGGACUUUUGGAGUCGACUCCCCGGCCUCUGGGGAUAUCGCAAGCGGAGCAUCCCUGCUCGCUUGGAUGAGCAGAGAACUAACCGCAGUGCCGACAGGCGGAGUAAAGCUACGCUGGGGAGUUUGCGAACGCACCGCAGGUUUGAGUGCAGGGUUUUAGUACAAGACUUCGUUACCAAUUCUCUUACACUCGAAGUUUGGAGUCUUGUUCAGGGGAAAUGUCGGCGCUUGUUGAGAAACCCCGCGAAUCAUGAUCCUCUCGUUGUAUGCGGCUCAGCUGCUCAUGACUUAGCUUGA